AUGGAUGAGACAAGACGGGAGAGGGGGAAGGUUGAAGAACUGGCUAUCCAAACUCAAAAACAAAGAGAAGAAAUGGUGGGUUUCAUGGAAAAGAACAACCAAAAGCAGAACGAACUGGAACUCAUGAAUAACAAGAUUGAAAGAGAGAAACAAGACAUCGAAGAAAGUCGGGAUGUGCUAACAAAGGAGAGAGAGGAGCUGGAACAAAUGAGGAAUGAGACACAGCGACAGAGAGAGGAGACAGAAUCUCACAUGGAAGACCAAAGGAAAGAGAAAGAACAUCUGGAACAAAUGACGACGGACAUGAAAAAACAGUUGCUAGAGAUGGAUAAUGACAAGGAAAUGAUAGAAAGCUCAAUGGGUGAACUGAGAUUGAAAGAGGCAGAAAUGGUGAGAGAAAAGGAGAACAUGGAAAACAAGAUGGCUAGACUCAAAGACGAAGAGGAUGGAAUGCGGGAAGAAAUAGGAAGGAAGAUGGACAACUUGAAGCAGGAAAGUCAUGAAAUCAAAAGACUUAGAGAUGAAAUUGACAGUGAAAAGGACCAGCUGAAUGCAAAAUUGCUUGAGUUGGAAAAAAUGCGUGAAGAACUAGAUAGAGAGAAGAAGGAAGUGAAAGACAGGAAGGAUGAAGUACUGAAAGAGAAAGAUCAGUUGGAAGAGAGGCAAGAUAAGAUCAGUAAGGAGAAAGAGGAAUUGGAUAUCAGUCUUGAACUGAUGAAAAGACAAAGGGAAGACUUGACGAGCUUGAAGGCUGAAGCAGAAGCACAGACCGAGCCUAUGGAAAAAGACUGGAAGGAAAAGCUCACGAGGGAAAGACAACAACUUGUAGAUGUAAAGGAGGAGAUACAGAAGGAAAAAGAAGCCUUUGAGAGAAAGAAGGGAUUGACCAUGAAAGAAAGAGAUGAGUUUGAGCUGAUGAAGUCUGAAACCCAGGGACAAUUGGAGGAAAUAGAACAAAGCAAACAAGACAUUCGUGUGGAGAAGGAAAAGCUGGAUCAGAUCAAAGCUGAGUUAGAAAGACGAUCUGAAAACAUAAAUCAGGUCAUGGAUGAGACAAGACGGGAGAGGAGGAAGGUUGAAGAACUGGCUAUCCAAACUCAAAAACAAAGAGAAGAAAUGGUGGGUUUCAUGGAAAAUAACAAACAAAAGCAGAAUGAACUGGAACUCAUGAAUGACAAGAUUGAAAGAGAGAAACAAGACAUCGAAGAAAGUCGGGAUGUGCUAACAAAGGAGAGAGAGGAGCUGGAACAAAUGAGGAAUGAGACACAGCGACAGAGAGAGGAGACAGAAUCUCACAUGGAAGACCAAAGGAAAGAGAAAGAACAUCUCGAACAAAUGAUGACGGACAUGAAAAAACAGUUGCUAGAGAUGGAUAAUGACAAGGAAAUGAUAGAAAGCUCAAUGGGUGAACUGAGAUUGAAAGAGGCAGAAAUGGUGAGAGAAAAGGAGAACAUGGAAAAUAAGAUGGCUAGACUCAAAGUCGAAGAGGAUAGAAUGUGGGAAGAAAUAGGAAGGAAGAUGGACAACUUGAAGCAGGAAAGUCAUGAAAUCAAAAGACUUCGAAAUGAAACUGACAGUGAAAAGGACCAGCUGAAUGCAAAAUUGCUUGAGUUGGAAAAAAUGCGUGAAGAACUAGAUAGAGAGAAGAAGGAAGUGAAAGACAGGAAGGAUGAAGUACUGAAAGAGAAAGAUCAGUUGGAAGAGAGGCGAGAUAAGAUCAGUAAGGAGAAAGAGGAAUUGGAUAUCAGUCUUGAACUGAUGAAAAGACAAAGGGAAGACUUGACGAGCUUGAAGGCUGAAGCAGAAGCACAGACCGAGCCUAUGGAAAAAGACUGGAAGGAAAAGCUCACGAGGGAAAGACAACAACUUGAAGAUGUAAAGGAGGAGAUACAGAAGGAAAAAGAAGCCUUUGAGAGAAAGAAGGGAUUGACCAUGAAAGAAAGAGAUGAGUUUGAGCUGAUGAAGUCUGAAACCCAGGGACAAUUGGAGGAAAUAGAACAAAACAAACAAGACAUUCGUGUGGAGAAGGAAAAGCUGGAUCAGAUCAAAGCUGAGUUAGAAAGACGAUCUGAAAACAUAAAUCAGGUCAUGGAUGAGACAAGACGGGAGAGGGGGAAGGUUGAAGAACUGGCUAUCCAAACUCAAAAACAAAGAGAAGAAAUGGUGGGUUUCAUGGAAAAGAACAACCAAAAGCACAACGAACUGGAACUCAUGAAUAACAAGAUUGAAAGAGAGAAACAAGACAUCGAAGAAAGUCGGGAUGUGCUAACAAAGGAGAGAGAGGAGCUGGAACAAAUGAGGAAUGAGACACAGCGACAGAGAGAGGAGACAGAAUCUCAGGUGGAAGACCAAAGGAAAGAGAAAGAACAUCUGGAACAAAUGACGACGGACAUGAAAAAACAGUUGCUAGAGAUGGAUAAUGACAAGGAAAUGAUAGAAAGCUCAAUAGGUGAACUGAGAUUGAAAGAGGCAGAAAUGGUGAGAGAAAAGGAGAACAUGGAAAACAAGAUGGCUAGACUCAAAGACGAAGAGGAUAGAAUGCGGGAAGAAAUAGGAAGGAAGGUGGACAACUUGAAGCAGGAAAGUCAUGAAAUCAAAAGACUUAGAGAUGAAAUAGACAGUGAAAAGGACCAGCUGAAUGCAAAAUUGCUUGAGUUGGAAAAAAUGCGUGAAGAACUAGAUAGAGAGAAGAAGGAAGUGAAAGACAGGAAGGAUGAAGUACUGAAAGAGAAAGAUCAGUUGGAAGAGAGGCAAGAUAAGAUCAGUAAGGAGAAAGAGGAAUUGGAUAUCAGUCUUGAACUGAUGAAAAGACAAAGGGAAGACUUGACGAGCUUGAAGGCUGAAGCAGAAGCACAGACCGAUCCUAUGGAAAAAGACUGGAAGGAAAAGCUCACGAGGGAAAGACAACAACUUGAAGAUGUAAAGGAGGAGAUACAGAAGGAAAAAGAAGCCUUUGAGAGAAAGAAGGGAUUGACCAUGAAAGAAAGAGAUGAGUUUGAGCUGAUGAAGUCUGAAACCCAGGGACAAUUGGUGGAAAUAGAACAAAGCAAACAAGACAUUCGUGUGGAGAAGGAAAAGCUGGAUCAGAUCAAAGCUGAGUUAGAAAGACAAUCUGAAAACAUAAAUCAGGUCAUGGAUGAGACAAGACGGGAGAGGGGGAAGGUUGAAGAACUGGCUAUCCAAACUCAAAAACAAAGAGAAGAAAUGGUGGGUUUCAUGGAAAAGAACAACCAAAAGCAGAACGAACUGGAACUCAUGAAUAACAAGAUUGAAAGAGAGAAACAAGACAUCGAAGAAAGUCGGGAUGUGCUAACAAAGGAGAGAGAGGAGCUGGAACAAAUGAGGAAUGAGACACAGCGACAGAGAGAGGAGACAGAAUCUCACAUGGAAGACCAAAGGAAAGAGAAAGAACAUCUGGAACAAAUGACGUACGGACAUGAAAAAACAGUUGCUAGAGAUGGAUAAUGACAAGGGAAUGAUAGAAAGCUCAAUGGGUGAACUGAGAUUGAAAGAGGCAGAAAUGGUGAGAGAAAAGGAGAACAUGGAAAACAAGAUGGCUAGACUCAAAGACGAAGAGGAUAGAAUGCGGGAAGAAAUAGGAAGGAAGGUGGACAACUUGAAGCAGGAAAGUCAUGAAAUCAAAAGACUUAGAGAUGAAAUUGACAGUGAAAAGGACCAGCUGAAUACAAAAUUGCUUGAGUUGGAAAAAAUGCGUGAAGAACUAGAUAGAGAGAAGAAGGAAGUGAAAGACAGGAAGGAUGAA